AUGCACAAAAAGAGACAACAAGCACCUCUAAGUGGCCAGAAGUGUGCUCACUACCCAAUUACGAGGCAGAGACAGUGGCCCGGUUUCUCGUGGAUCAAGUCUUCACACGGUUUGGUGUACCCAGGGAGCUGCACUCUGACCAGGGGCAUGAGUCUGAGUCUUGAGUCUCGAGUCGAAAACACAAUGGUGAGGGUGAGCGGCGCGCUGCCCUACGUUUCCCUUCUUCUUGUGGUGGGCUACGACUCCGCCCACGCCUAUUCCCCGGACGACCACGGCUAUGACACUCCAGGUGGGGACGAGGUGUGGCGGUCAGGUCUUCCCCCGGUGCUGACGGAGUGGCACCUCUCUCCUCUUCCCACUGCCUCGCCCAAGGAAUCUCAUAAAGCUGGAUAUGCCCUUCACGAUGGAGCGGACACCACUGAGGACUGGGUUUCAGCAAGCAUACUUGCUACGCCCAGUUCGUGGGGAGAAGCAGAGACGGGUGCGACGCCCCACUAUGCCCGCGGGAAGAGGAAAACCUGGCAUCCCUUUGAUCCUCGAGCUGUCCGAUCCGGGGAGUCUGGGAGCGUCGGCUCACAUCAGGAGUUAAUAGAAGAUGGCCUGGAGGACCUGCUCUCUCUGUACCCUGGCAGCUGGGGUAGCAAGGAGGAGAGAAGAGUAGGGCGAGGCAGAGUCUCACACGGGCGACACAAGCUGCGACACGGCAAGAGGCGUCGCCACCAUCCCCGUACUUUACUGCUGCUUGAGGCAGGACUCAGCAUGGGAGCAAGUGAAAACAGUGAAACGACACUGUCCUCACACCCCAACCCCACCCUCUCGUCCGUGUCACACUCAGAAAGGAAACUCUCCACCCCAAAUUCCCAAUCUUCGUCCCCAACACAACAGGGAAGGGAGCGCAGCUCAUACUCUCCUGUGGGAACGGACACGCCCACACCGACCAGUGUGCCACUGCUCAACCUGCCUCUUACAUUCACCUCACGCUCCGAUGACCCGCCAGAAAAACAGCAGAACUCAUCGGUGGCACUCCACAGUGGAAUCACGGGACAACCGUCAGAGUGGUCAAGCCCUGGUGGGCCCAUAGGAGCACCGCCUACCACCUCCCAGCGUCUUAAUGGCCCUCAGGACGACCUUCUCCAGCAUAACCUCGCCUCUAUACGUGCCCACCCUACAGAAGGGCUGCUGUGGGAGCAGAUCAAGGGAGCAGGCAAGGUACCGUCUCAAAGUCAGAUUGUAACUCAUGAAGCUCCCAGACUUGUGGCAGGGCGUGGCAGCCCGGAGAGGUCUUCCCAACCCCUCCCUUCCACUUACCAAGAUUCCUCUACAGAAAACUCCGACCAUACCACCACACAAAGCCCUGAGAAUUCCAGACAUGAUCUCCGGGAAUCCAACAAGCGUCAGACGAUAAAACUUGGCGGUGGGGCGCUCCAUACAUCACCGAUGAGCCCCGAGGCUCCGCCGACCAGUGCAGGGGUCGCUCACGCGCACCUCAAACACAUACACAGCACUACCCCGAGACCCAGCGCCACUGUGCUCUCCACUAACUGGGUUGUGGAGGACAGCAGUGGGAGGGUGAGGCCCCAGAGAGUGACCUCUAUACGUCCACGUCAUAACGAACCUGAAAAGACAUUGGUUGCCGAUGUACACGAUGUACAGGAGCGGAAACGAGAACCCAACCCAAGGGCAGACAGGCUCUCCUUAGUAGAACAUUCACCUUCCAUCACUCUACUUUCCCAUCUCGCAACAAGCAGACCCGACAGUUUGCAGCACCGUCCUGUUCCCGAGCCCACAGUUUAUGAAGAACCGCGGACAGGAGGAGGUGGUUGCUACAGUACCAAUGACGUGGUGGUGGUGGUGUUUCUAACCUCGUUAGCAAACAUGGUGGCAUUCGUGGUGGUGACGGUGACGCUAUGCUGGUGCUCCCUCAGGGGAAGGGCGGCACCUCCUUCACGAUCCUCGCACCCGGAUGACGCCAGGCAGGACAGUGCUGACGACGACGCUGAGGAGACUGCGGUGCCAGAGGGGUGUCUGGAGGCCUGCCUGCCGGAUAUCUCGUACCAGCGACACCUGGCGCGUGGCUCCUCCAUCAGACCCUCCUUCGUAGUGGGUCGUGCCCUACGGCCCCUCGUGCAAGGCCACUCGCCCCGCCCGCUCUCCCAGGCCGUGCACGAGCUCCUCCACAAUCUGACUACGCAGACGGAAGUGGGAGAAGAGGGAGAGGAGGAUGAGGGGCAGGAACGGAGAGAAGAGAAAGGAAAGAAGAGAAGAGGGUGUCUUUUGAAGCGUCGCUCACUCUCCCUCGAGAAUCUUAUGCUCACCUGACCAUCUGUGGAAAGCCUCUGGUCUUCUUCCCCUGUUUUGUCUCCUUCCCCUCUUCCUCGUCCUUUGGCCUUAUCUCCUCAUCCUCCUUCUUCUCCUCAUCAUGCCCUAUCUUCCUCACCCACCCCUCUGCACAAGUCUCUUUACCCUGUUGUCCCCCUGUCACCUGUCGCUGAGUGCCCUUCCUCUUCCGCUGCCGUCCCUUUGCAACCUUCCCUUUCCCCGGCUGUUCAUUCCUUUCCGGUUUCCCCUAACACCUCUCCUUUCCAUCCUCCCGUGUCUACCCAUUGCUCUCCUGUUACUCGUUCUUUUUCGUCGCCUUCUUACCUUCCUACAAUCCGUUCGUGCUCCUCCAUUAUUCCACGUUCAAAUGUUUCACUGUUUUCGUCACCUUUCUCCUCCACACCCUCUUCCUCUUCUUCAUCUCCCUUAUUCCCACCUUCCAUGUCGGUGUUCGCUCCUCCUUCUCUAUCUCUACCUCCAUCUCUCAUUCCCCCUGCAUUGCCCCAUGCAUAGGAGAGAGAGAGAGAGAGAGAGAGAGAGAGAGAGAGAGAGAGAGAGAGAGAGAGAGAGAGAGAGAGAGAGAGAGAGAGAGAGAGAGAGAGAGAGAGAGAAAGAAAGAAAGAAAGAAAGAAAGAAAGAAAGAAAGAAAGAAAAUAAUCAGGGAAAGAGGAGGAAACAAUGAAAUUUGUAAGUACUAGUGUAAGUGUGAUGAGGAUACACCAGAUAAUAUGAAAAUGGUGAUUUGAUAAAAAGACUGAUGUGCGAGAACACAGAAUUGGUUAACAAGAUGGGAUUAGAUAAGAAAAAAAGACAAAAUAUUUAAAUGAUAAAAGGCAAUGAAAGGGUAAGAUUGUAUAAUAAGAAAUGUCGGAACAUGCAAGGAGACGUAAUAGCAAGAGAUGCAUGACUUUAUGGCUCUGUGAAACAUUUGCUGAAUGCAACACUAUAUGUUACAUCACCCGUUAACUGUUCAAGGUCACCAAUCCUGUCAUAGUGUUAUGUAACGUUGCUUAGCACAGCAGACGUGUAGCGUUACAGUUACGCAGUGCGUAACGCUGCGCGUCAUACGGAGGUAUUUCAUGUGUCACACAAAGUCUAAAGUGUUAGGCAUCACUACCUGCAGUGCAACAAUCUCUGACACCAUGUAUUUCAUCGUAUUUUUGUGUAGGACCGUGUCAUGUGUUGUAAGUCACGAUGUGUGACGCUAUACGUAUACGUAGAUAGGAUUACUCUACGCAACCGAAGGUUACUGUCGUCACAUAUGCUGCGUACAGGUAUGAAACGUUGCGUGACAAUGAGCGUCUCUGUCUGACACAUUGUGUGAUGUUGGUGCAGUUUUGAAAGCACGCAACACUGUACGGAGUAGUGCAUGGCCAUGUUAACACUGAGCCGUACUCUGGGGAUCACGUAGCACAGUACGGAGCCGUGCACGGCUAGAUGAGAUAACACUGAGUCCAUAUUGCAAAGGCAUGUAACACUGUGUGGAGCUGUGGUGCUAAGCCGCACUGGGGAGGCACGUGACACUGAGCAGAGCCGUGCAGAGCAAGGAUUCCGGAAAGGCAAUGCCGAGCCUUCCCGAAAGUUGCACUGGGAGUUCUUUGGCUGUGUUGAUUCCUUACUACAUUGCAAGACUGUAACCUCUGCCUCCCUUGUCACCCGAAGCAUCAGGCGUCAGCCACGAGGAAGCGAGGUGAUAAUGGUCUCCAUGGAUGAUCUGAUGUUCCCCUAACGGCGAGAAUGGCGGAGGUAAUGCCAAGUAAUUAGUCCUCCAAUUCCAGGCAGCGCGGAAGUUAGAGGACCACGGGUGCUGCAACACACGUCACCUCUCUCUCUGCCUUGUCAUUGCAAGAGCGAAAGAACCUGACUUAAAUUUUGUGCUCCUCGAGGACUACUACCGAAUCUCAUAUGUCAUUGUGAGGCAUUUGUUUUGCCUCAUGAACUUCGAGAGGAUCAUCACCAAACCUAUCAAGCCCACAUAUAUCAGUGUAGUCAUGUAGCCCCUAAGACGCGCAGCUGCAAUCUUAAUGUAUCACCCAGGGUGUUCUGCCUGUUAUCUGUGUUCAUUUUCGAGCACUAACUUUAACAAUUGGUUCCCUUUCCACAGUUGUAGACUGUAAAGUACCCGCGUUCUGGAGGUGCUAGGAAUGUGUAAAAUUUACCUUAGGAACAUUAUAGGUAGACUAUCACUUUGGUAUGAUAAACAUUUCUUCUAAAAAGAAGCUGAUAGUUGUGUCUAUUAAAAUAUGCAACAUAGUUUAGUGAUAGCUUUGUUUAAUGUAAGACUUGUUCAUACUGAAGUAAUUCGUGCAGGGACAUGUAGUUGAUUAUUUCUUGGAAAUCGUAAUAUUAGAUACAGGGGAAACUUUUUAAUUGCAAUGUUUCUACUUUGCCUUUUCUGAUCUAAAGUGACACACUAUUCUUCAUAACACAUGCCUUCUUUUUAUAUUAACUUGUAAUAAAAAAAAAAAUUAAGCGUUUACCAAA